AGAAAAAACAAGGAGGAUCAAGCUAGGACUGAUCUAACAAGCACUAUACAGGAUGGGAGAACAGAGGGAGAUACCAAAUCACAUAAGUAAACUAGACGUCAGCAUACUACAAAACAAUAAAAACCUGAUGCAGUUCAGUAUACAAAAAAAACAUAAUGUGGGACAGACCUCUAAAAUAUAAGUUGAUUGAUAUCACAAAUACAAACAUUUGUCCAGAUCAGGGGCGGACUGACCAUUUGGAAACUCGGGCACUGCCCAAGGUACCGGGGUCAGUAGGGGGCCCCAUGAGAUGCCCCUGGUACCUUUUUCAUAGGCUUUUUUGAGUUUGGGCAAGGACACAGGGGCCCCAUGAUCCGCUAUUGCCCGGGGGCCCCCU